AGGCAGUUCAGACUCUACCUGAGGACCAACGACCAGCUGUUCACUGAGGACUUCAGAGCCGUGGUCGUGGACGAGGACGGACGAGAGCGGAGCUGCUCGGUCAACAGACACAAUUACUUCACGGGACACGUGAUCGGGGAGGAAAACUCUCGAGUUCAGGCUCACAUAGACGACCACGAGUUCUCCGCUCACAUCCUCACCGACGAGGCCGAGUACAACGUGGAGCCUCUCUGGAGGUUCACGUCGGCGCCCCCUGAUGGUCGUCUGCUGGUCUACCGCUCAGAGGACAUCAGGAACCUCAGCCGCCUGCAGCAGCCUUCAGUCUGUGGCUACGUGACCUCCGACCCCGGCCGCCUCCUCCUCGACGACGUCAAAACCAACGAAGAAGAAGAGUCGGGGUCCAGAGGGAAGCGUCAGCUGCACGACCACAGGAAGAACACCUGUCCUCUGCUGCUGGUGGCCGACCAUCGCUUCUUCCAACACAUGGGCCGCGAGGAGGAGAGCACCACCCUCAACUACCUGAUCGAGCUGAUUGAUCGCGUGGACGACAUCUACAGAAACACGUCGUGGGAUGAUGAGUUCGUGGGCUACGGCGUUCAGAUCCAGCAGAUCAUCAUCAGGAAGAAUCCGACAGCCGUCGCUCCGGGAAAAAGUCACUUCAACAUGGAAGGAAGUCCAGUGAAGGGUCGAGGAGUCUGGGACGUCAAGAAGCUGCUGGAGCAGUUCAGCGUGGACAUCGCAGAGAACGCGUCCUCCGUCUGCCUGGCUCACCUCUUCACCUACCAGGACUUCGAUGAGGGGACUCUGGGUCUGGCCUACGUGGCUCCGUCCAAACCAGACAUCCCCGGAGGUCUCUGCUCCAAAGGUUGUCCUUCAUCGACCAAUGAGCAGAGAGCGAUCUACCUCAACACGGGACUGACCAGCACCAAGAACUACGGGAAGACCAUCCUCACCAAGGUCACUUUAUCCUCCUCCUCCUCCUCCUCCUCACUAAG